AGCUUGGACCCGACUUUCAUGUAACCGGUCGACCUUACCUAGCUUGCUUGGCAGAAGGACCCAUACAUCAUCUACAUGGAGCCAUGACUGGUCCCUUACUCGCUGGAAGCCAGUUUCUGUCUCUCCGGCAGCCAUUCACACCGCGGAUCCUCUCCACCAUCAGCCAAACGCUGAAGGCUCGCGCUCCUGUUGUCUGCGUGCAGGCCGAUGCAGAACCUGUACGGGCAAGAGCUGGGGUACUCGUGCCACUCUGUAAUGUCAACGAUGUGCCGGGGAUCCUCUUCGAGGUUCGGGGGAAGGCUCUGCGCACUCACUCAGGCGAAGUCAGUUUCCCUGGCGGACGUGUAGACGAUACGGACGCGUCCAUCCUGGACGCAGCUCUCAGGGAAACCCACGAGGAACUGGGCAUCAUCCCCGAACGCGUCGAAGUCCUCGGCGAAUUCGGCCCCAUCGAGCGCACAGUUCGAGGUGACAUGCGCGUCUGGCCAUACGUCGGCUUCAUUCACCAAUCCCCCACACGUCCCCAACAACCUUCCCCCGACACCCCUCUCCCCUCCGUCGACCUCGAAGCCAUCAGGUUGCAGAAGGCCCCCACCGAAGUCGCCGACGUCUUCCACCUCCCCCUCGCCGAGAUCCCCUCCCGCAUCCGGCCUUCGUUCUUCCGCGGCCAUCGCCCCUACAAUGCCAUAGAGGUCUCCGAUCUGGCUAUGCCUGGGCGAUAUAUUAUACAGACGCGGAACUCGCCUCUGCAGUCAGACGAGGACGACUCGGAGAUUGGACCGAGUGGGGAUCCGGGGACGAAGUUGGAGAUCUGGGGCCUGACUGGGUGGUACUUGACGUUGCUGACGAGGAUCAUGCAAGGAGAAAUGUAAUGUUUGGCGUGGAAUGCACUGGCUGGAUGGCAUUCGUCGAUGAAGGAUAAUAAAGUGCGCUGAUGAGUCUGAGGCAAAGCUCAGCAAUGGUAAUCGG